GAGGCUGCGGGCGGCGGUACUGCGCUGCGCGCUGCGCCGCUGGGCUCGCGGCGGAAUGACGGAGCCGCGGCCGGGCCCCGAUCCAGAUGGCGGCGGCGGCGAGGAGGCAGCGGCAUCGCCGCCCCCCAAGAAGCGGCGGGUGGCGGCAGGCGAGCGCUACGUGCCGCCCCCGCGGAAACUGAGCUCAGGGGUGAGCUUCGGAGCGGCGCACUUCGCCGAGACGAGCUACUACUUCGAGGGCGGACUGCGCAAAGUGCGGCCCUACUACUUCGACUUCCGCACCUACUGCAAGGGCCGCUGGGUGGGCCGAACCCUCGCGCAUGUCUUUAGCACAGAGUUCCGCGCCCAGCCCCUCACCUGCUACCGCGCUGCCGCCCGCGCUGGCCGCCUCCGCCUCAAUGAGCAGCCCGUCCACGACCUGGACAUCGUGCUGAAGAAUAAUGAUUUCCUCAGGAAUACAGUGCAUCGCCAUGAGCCUCCAGUCACUGCCCAGCCUAUCCAAAUCUUAGUGGAGGAUGAUGAGGUGGUAGUUGUAGACAAACCAUCCUCUUUACCAGUACAUCCUUGUGGCAGAUUUCGUCACAACACAGUCAUCUUCAUCCUAGGCAAAGAGCAUAAUCUGAAAGAAUUGCAUACAAUUCACCGACUCGAUCGCAUGACCUCAGGAGUACUGAUGUUUGCCAAGACUGCAGAGGUAUCCAAGAGGAUUGAUGAGCAGGUUCGGCAGAGACAGCUGGAAAAGGAGUAUGUCUGUCGUGUGGUGGGGGAGUUCCCAGAACACGAAGUGGUCUGUGAAGAGCCCAUACUGGUUGUUUCUUACAAAGUGGGAGUGUGUCGUGUGGACCCCAAAGGGAAAUCCUGCAAAACGGUGUUCCAGAGACUCAGUUACAAUGGCAAGACCAGCGUGGUCCAGUGUCUUCCACAAACUGGCCGCACUCACCAGAUUCGGGUACAUUUGCAGUACUUGGGAUAUCCUAUUGUCAAUGACCCUAUCUAUAAUAUGAAAGCUUGGGGUCCUGAAAGGGGCAAAGGUGGCAAGAUUGAUAAAACAGAUGAAGAACUCUUGAAAGCACUGGUAGAAGAACAUCGUUCCAAACAGAGCUUGGAUGUCUUGAAUAUUUCAGAGGAGGACUUGAACCUCAGUGCGGAAAAUAAAGAGUGUGGUAAUUCAAGUGACUGGAUGGAAUCUGUGCAGGUUGAUCCUGUAAAUGGGAACUCCUGCCCUUCUGAGGACACUAAAGAUUCAGAGAGAGGCAAAAUACCAGUUUGUCUACAGAACUCUGAUACCAACCUGGAAACACUUGAAAAAAAUAAAGAAACUAGUUCAUGUGAGAAUUGGGAUGGGCCAAUGGGAGAGACAGGUUCAGAAGAGAAGGACCCUCUGUGUGUGGAGUGUAAAAUUACAAGGCGAGACCCAUCUCCUAAGGAGCUGGUGAUGUACCUGCAUGCCUUGCGCUAUAAGGGAACAGAGUUUGAGUAUUGCUCCAAGAUGCCUGAGUGGGCAAUGGAAGACUGGGAGGAAUGACAAAAGAACUUUGAUAUCUAUGGACACUUGUAGCAUGGCCAGAAAGGACUGUCUUGUAGAGACCUAAGCAUGCUUUGUGGUAAAAGUGACAGCUUUGUUUAGGUUUACUUUUCAGUGUGGUUAACAAACUGCAUGUGACUUGAGAUGGGAUUGGAAAACUUGUUGAGACCUGAGAACUAUCCUGACCGCUGGCAUGAAGUCAGGGCUACAAGACUAGAGUUAUGUUUCUGUUUAGUUUAUUAAAACUUUUGUGCAACAUGACUUGGCACAGGCAGCUUGAAACAAGUUUCAUCAUCUUUUGCCUCAACAUAUGUUCUGUUUUCAGUUACCCACACAAAGUGCAUACACUUAAAUUCAACAGCUGAUUUCCUUCCAUCCUUAUAUGUGAUGUUCUUCUAUCUUAGUAUAAGAACUGCUGGAAUGUUACUCAACAUGCUGGAUAGCAUGUCAUACAAAAGAGUACUUCUGCUUUGAUUUGUCAGGUUAGUUUAAAACAAAACAUUAAAACUGAAAACAAAAUAAGGUAAACUCAAAGCAAUGUGAAGCUGAUCUGUUCCUGGCAAGAUAAUUCUUGUUGCAUUGUACAGAGCAUUAUGUGGUUUACCGUGUCUGGUUAUUGUCUUCGUUGUUCAUGCUUUCAUUCUUCUAUUAAGGUUUCCAUUUUUGAUAGACUUUUCUUUUUUGGAAAUUAUUCUUGCAGAGUUCCUUCAAAUAAUUGCUUGAUUUAAGAUUCUUAAAUUGCGGAAGGGUUGCUUCAUCUGUGCUUCGGUGUGAUAAUUGGUUUUAAAGAAAAACAGUUUUACAAACCCCGAGCCACUUUUUUUUUAUAUAUAUAAUCAUCUUGGAAACCUAACUAAAAAUGUGUUAAAUUUCACUAUUUGUCUGUAUUUGUAUAGUCAUUUCUUGGCCUCUGACAAGGCCAGAAUAAUAAUUCUGUUUUAGGUUCCUUUCUCUUUCUUUAUUUGUUAGUAGUAAUGACUAGCUACAGUGACUGCAGGAGACAAUCAGAACCUGGGAAGAAUCAUGUUACUUCAAGUCUAUCUAUAGACAGUGGCAUCUCUCUACCUGUUCUGUAUCCACAGCUCUCCACACCCAUGUCCACAUGUGGACUUGUGGAGGGUUAUGCAUUUCUAAAAUGCUGAAGAAGCACUUUUAAAGAUGUAGGAAAGAGUCCAGAAGACAAAUAACCUUGUCAGGGUGUGGUCCAGGCUCAGAUGCUUCAUCCUUGUCAUACUGUGUGCUAAGAAGCAAUAACCAUCUCUCAAGUCAGCCAAACAUGAUUUUUAUACACCUAUUCUAUUACUAGUUUAUAGUCUUAUCUCCUACAAAUUGUUGGAAGAAACAAUCCUAAUCCUGGGCUGCAUUAGGAAGAGUGUUGCCAGCAGGUGGAGGGAGGUGAUCCUCCCCCUCUACUUAGCCCUGCUGUGGGUACAUCUUGAAUCCUGUGUCCAGUUCUGGGCUCCCCAGUACAAGAGAGACAUGGAGCUACUGGAGAGUCCAGCAUAGGCAUACAAAGAUGGUCAGAGGACUGGAGCAUCUGCCUGAGAGCUGGGCCUGUUUAGCCUGAGGGGGAAUCUUAUCAAUGUCUAAGUACCUGAAGGGAGGGUGUCAAGGGAAUGGGGCCAAACUCUUUUCAGUGGUGCCCAGCAACAGGACCAAGAGGCCAUGGGCUAAAACUGAACCACUGGAAGUUCCACCUGAAUGUGAAGGGGAAUUUCUUCACUGUGAGAGUGACAGAGCACUGGAACAGGUUGCCCAGGGAGGUUGUGGAGUCUCCUUCUCUGGAGAUACUCAAAGCCCGCCUGGAUGCAACCCUGUCUAGCAUGCUCUAGGUGACCCUGCUAAGCAGGGGGGUUGGACUAGAUGAUCUCCAGAGGACCCUUCCAACCUCAGCCAUUCUAUGAUUCUGUGAAACCUUUGCUUCACAGGUGUCCCUGAAUGGGGUACCUGGGACAGCAAAUGCUCCAGGCCUGUUUGCCAGGCCUGCAGGACUAUCUUCCUCCUUGGCGAGGCCCUGAAACUCAUUUGUCAAUAUCCACAGAUGUUACCAGGAUCAGGUCCUGUGCACAGACAUAGAGUAAACCAGUGCUUGCUUUUCUAAAAGCCCAAAGUAACCAAGUGAUUUAUUUUUGUCCCAUAUCGUCCUGCUGAUGGGUUGAAUAUAAGAGUCAUUCAGAAUCUCUCACGUCUUGCCAGGGUUAGUGAUUUCAGUUUAACCACAGAUGUUUUACUGACAUGUAUUGAGGUCUAGUCUAAUGUUAAUUGUAGGCAGCUUGUUGAACAAGGGAGGUAAAAGCUUUCCUGCAUUUGAGAGAUGACACUAAAAAGUCAGUGCCUAAUUUUUUCAUACAUUGAAAUACAACUUCAUGUAAUAGUGUAAAUGAAACUUGGGCACAUUCAGAAUACAAGUCUGUGUGCAGCUGCUACUAGUUUUAGGCACCAGGAGAAGAUAGGGAGUUUUGAGGUAACUUAGUCUUAAAUUGGGCCUUGAGGUAUACGAUGAUGCAGCCUAAAUUAUAUUCUCUCUGUAAAGAACAGCCAUCUGAAAAGGAUGUACCAGUGCUUGUACCAAUAAAGACUGGAUGACUGAAGAGCCUAUUAAGGAA